CCCUCUCGCGGUCAUCUUCAGACAUUUUCUUUUCUCUUUCGUUCGUUGUUAUCUGAUGCGAUUUUCCCUCAAGAACCGUUUCAAUUUUGAAAUGUAUUGCGAAUGUUUCUCGUGGUUCGAAAAUGCGAUUUGAGAUUUAAUUUAAUCCGGUGAAUUUUUACUCGAAACGUAAUCGUCGUUGAAGAAUCUCAACCUUCAAUUUUCAUUCGAGAUAUUUCGUUUGCAUGACCGUUGAAAGAUGGCUAAUCUAGAUGAAAGCCGAAGAAUGCAUUUCAAGAACAAAGGGCGAUGCCCCGAGGAAAUGCGACGAAGACGUAACGAGGUGAGCAUCGAACUACGUAAAGCUCGUAAAGACGAUCAGCUUUCAAAAAAACGUAACAUUUUUGCCGAAGAGUUAUUCUCCGACGAUGAGGUAUCUCCGUGCGAACAGGCAUCUCCAUCGACAAUGGUCAGUCCUCAAGAUAUCAUCGAAGCCAUUCAAAGUGGCGAUCGUUUGAAACUACUUCACGCUGUGCGAUCAGCUCGUAAAAUCCUGAGUCGCGAAAAGAAUCCACCUAUUGAUAAAAUGAUUAACGCAGGAUUAGUUCCCGUAUUAGUACAACUAUUGGAAAUACAAUCCGAAGAUGAUGGCGAUAUUCAAUUCGAAGCUGCUUGGGCUUUGACUAAUAUCGCAUCCGGUAACUCGGAACAGACUAAAACCGUAAUAGAAGCUGGCGCUAUUCCGAAAUUCGCUACACUGUUAAGCUCGCCGUUUUCUCACAUCGUCGAACAAGCUGUCUGGGCUUUAGGUAACAUUGCCGGUGACGGUCCCGAAGCUAGAGAUUUGGUAUUGGCUCAAGGCGUCAUGAAAUAUUUAUUAAGGCUCAUAGAACCGGAACCUUUAUGUGCCAUAUCUUAUCUACGUAAUAUCGUAUGGACCAUUUCGAAUUUAUGCCGUAAUAAGAAACCACCUCCGGAUUUCACCGCCGUCAGACCCUGCAUUCCGUAUCUUAGUCGAUUAUUGUACUAUAACGAUAACGACGUAUUGGCUGACGCGUGUUGGGCAUUUUCUUAUCUCACCGACGGUACCAAUGAAAAAAUCCAAGCGGUUGUAGACCAAAACAUAGUACCAAAAUUAGUCGAACUAUUGGGUCAUCAAGCGUCGACGAUUGUAACACCGGCAUUACGAGUAAUAGGCAACAUAGUGACUGGAAACGACGAACAAACCGACGCUGUAAUCCAAGCCAGCGCUUUGCCCCAAUUAAAAGUUCUCUUGCAUAGUACGCGACCAGCUCUGGUUAAAGAAGCCGCUUGGGCUAUUUCCAAUAUAACCGCUGGUACUUCCUCUCAAAUCCAGACAGUAAUCGACGCUAAUUUAUUACCCGAUAUCAUUCAAGUUUUAGAAAAGGGUGACUUCAAAUCUCAAAGAGAAGCCGCUUGGGCUGUCGCUAAUUUCACCAGCGGAUGCACCGCUUAUCAAUUGUUUAAUUUCUUGAAUUUAGGCCUUAUUACACCCUUCUGCGCUGUUUUAAAUAGUAGAGAUUGGAAAACCAUUUGUGUAGUAUUGGAUGGUAUUUUUAAUAUGCUGCAAUUGAGCGAGAAAGUAGGCGAACAUCAUAAUGUAGCUUUAGCCAUCGAAGAUUGCGGCGGUCUUGAUAAAAUAGAAGAAUUACAAAAUCAUCCUAAAGAUCAAAUUUAUAACAAAGCUUACCACAUCGUAGAAAGCUAUUUUUCGGAUGGCAAAGAAGACGGUACCGUCGUUCCAGAAUCCACCAGCGACGAUAAAUUCAUGUUCACUGCCCCAGACAGUGCUUCUGGAACAUUCUCAUUUUAAACAAUCGGCAUUACUUUUUUUUUAAACUAGUAGUAUAUUAUUCGCUGCUAUAUACCUUUUACUGUCUUAAACUGUUUUUUUUUCGUCUUGUUUUAUUUCGUCAACCACGUCACAAAUCUGUUUUUUAAUUGUGUCUAGAGCUGCUGUUUCCGUUUUUUUCCCUGUUUUAUUUUUUUACUAGUUUGAAUACCUAUAUUAUACAACAAUCGUUUUUUUUUUUUAAUGAAUGGAAACAGUUGUUGUGGCGAUCGUUUCGCGGUCGAUGUUUUGAUACGCAUUUUCGAUACACACGGAUUAAUUUAGUAAGCAAAGUCUGGUUACUUGAAUUUUUGGUUAUGUUGUUUAUUUAUAUUAUAAUAUUACUUUCUCAAUCAUGAUGGUUUUCGUAGAAAAUGUAUUUGCGAGUAUUGUAUCUUUUUACGUAUGUAAUUUUGAAAAAUGUUGCGUAUAAUAAUUAUUUUCAAACACAACGUAA